AUGGCAAAGGCUCCCUCGUCAGCCGCACCUAUCAUUGAACAAGUAGAAGAGGAUGCUUCAGAGCUUCAGUUUCCGAAAGAAUUUGAAAACGCCGAGUCGUUACUCACCUCCGAAGUGAACAUGUUGUUGGAGCACAGGAAAACCCAGAAUGAAAACGCCGAAGAAGAACAAGAACUGUCCGAGGUGUUCACGAAAACGUUGAACUACUGCCAGCGGUUCAGUCGCAUCAAAAACCGCGAAACCAUCGCGGCAGUACGCAAUCUCUUAACGCAAAAAAAGUUGCACAAAUUCGAGUUGGCCCAGCUGGCUAAUCUGUGUCCCGAUAACCCUGAAGAAGCCAAAGCAUUAAUUCCCAGCUUAGAAGGAAGAUUUGAAGACGACGAUUUGCGACAGAUUCUCGAAGAUAUCCAUACUCAGAGGAGUUUCCAGUAUUGA